AAAAACGGACAGCCAACAAAAUUUUUUAGUAAGAGUCGAUCAACGGUAUGAUAUAAUAGGUAGCAUUGUAUAGCACAGAUCAAUAUCAAAUAAAACAAGAUUCAUUUCACAAGUGCUAAGAUCUUUAAAUAGUUAAAAUAUUGUUGUUUUUUUCGAAAUUUAAAUUCAAAUUCAAAUAAAUAUAUUUUACCACAACCAACUACAGUUAAAUGACAAGGAUAUAGGUGGAAAUGUCUGCAAGAGUUUUAAUUCCUUCGACUACGCUUUCUAAUGAGUUGAAAGAUAGCAAGGCUGUGUCAGUUAAUUAUAAUUACAAUUACAACUGUUUAAAUGAUCCACACUCUGUGUAUAACGAAGAUGAAGACGAAGAUUACAUUUUGGAGGAAUCCGCUGGCAAUAGUAGUGAUGAUAGCACUGAUGAGAUUUCCGACGAAUAUACUGAUAUAUCUGAUAAUGAAAUCGGCCAUAAUAAGAUUGGAAAUGAUAAUGCAGAAACCGAUGAUAGCAACGAUAAUAGUGAUAUAACCUCGUUCUCUCUAAACUCCAGCUCUUCUACAUUAACCAUCAGCAAUAACUUGAGCAGCGAUGAAGAUGGUUACAAAGACACUUAUAACAAUAGCUACAAAGCGAGCACUCCAAGAAGCACGGGCAGCACGGGUAGUACAGACAGUACUAACACUAAAAAGCUUAAUAUUAAAAAUGCUAGCACCAGCAAGAUCACCAUCAGUAUCGAAAAUAACUUGUCUUUUUUAAAUCAAAACGUCAAUAAUUUUAUCAAGAAACACGAAAUCCCAAGAAAAGUGCUUCAUAUCUCUAUCGGCUUUAUAACUUUAUAUCUCUAUGGCAAAGGAUAUGAGAUCAGUGACAUUAAUCCCAUACUAAUAACUGGGUUUUUAAUUUUAUUGUCUAUUGAUGUCGUCCGAUUAAACUUCCCCAGAGUUAAUCAGCUAUACAUCCGCUAUUUUGGUUUAUUGAUGAGACAAAAGGAGGUCAACUCCGUCAAUGGAGUAAUUUACUACCUAUUGGGUCUUAUCAUCCCUUUCUCCUUGUUUUCCAAGGACAUUUCCAUGCUUUCUGUUCUUCUCUUGUCCUGGUCUGACACUGCUGCCUCUACUUUUGGAAGAUUAUACGGCCACUUGACUCCCAGAUUAACCCCAAAUAAGUCGCUUGCUGGUUCCAUUGCUGCCUUUUUCACUGGCGUCUUUAGUUGCAUCAUUCUCUACGCCUAUUUUCUCCCAAAGAAUCCAACAUCCAACCACCUCCUACUCAGAACGUCCUCCUCUAUUAUGUAUUCUGCCGACAAAAGCAGGCUCUCGCUCCCACUCUUCUCCCUUCUCUGUGGCCUUAUUGCUGCCAUCUCAGAGGCCAUCCAGAUCUUCAAUCUUGACGACAACUUCACCAUUCCGGUGUUGUCCAGCUGUUUUCUCUACGCUGUCUUGCGUGUUGCUUCCAAAUAGCUUUCUGUCAAAUAGCUUUCUGCUUCCUCUGCUUUUUCUGCCUGUGCUUCCUG